CAAACGGUAUGUAUGAAUAAUGCGCGGAAGUUUAGUUUGCGUUCCGAAAUUCACCAUUAGAGGCUCUGUCAUUGCAACUGUGGCAGCACGCGCUGGACAAGCGCGUCGCGCCAAGCCACUAGUCCAAUCACAAAACCGAACAGGCUUGCACAUGCGCACCGACAAGAGCGCUGCGAAGAGGAAGAACCCGGCCAACGAGAACUCUCUUUCUUCGCUUGGCCUUCUUCGUGCGUGGAUAGUGCUCUCACGUUGAUAUCGUAUCAGCAGUAUUAAUAUCCAAAUUGUGUAACAUUAAUGACAAUCAUCCAAAGAUCAACCAAAUAAACAUUACGGCGAGUAUACAAGACUGAAUAGUGAUUGUAUGAUAAAGAUAUUGAAUAAAAAGGCUAUCGUUUUUAACCAUAUAUAUCUUUCCGCACUCCCGCCAUUACGAUCACGCCACGUGUUCUAAAAAUAUAUAUCCACGUGUUCAAAAAUUAUAUGGUACGACGCCAUAUAAAUUGGUGACCGCCCGACGUGAUCGCGAGUGCUGAGGCAAAAAUACAAUCCGGGCGAAGCUUCCUACAAUGCCAGUCGACCGCUCACCGCCACGGAACAACACGAGCUCGGAGACGACUACCCACGACGCACCAGGUCCAUCGACGGAGGAUCGUUUCGCGAUGCCGCUCGCUAGCAAUCAUGAUGUUAACGGAAUAAGUGCCCACGCGCUGACGAACUUAAAAAUACCGCCUUUCUGGAAAGACGACCCAGCUCUCUGGUUUGCACAGAUCGAGAUGGCUUUCGAAAUAUCAAGAAUAUCGAGCGAUAAGACGAAAUUCAACUAUACGGUUCUAAAUCUCGACCAAUCUGUGAUGCCCUUCGUGUCCGACAUCGUGCGUAAACCGCCCGAGGAAAGGAAGUACGAAACCCUGUAAGGCUGCGUUCAGAUUCUCCACCCGCGAUACAUUUUGGAACGCACCUUUACGUCACCCACCCGUUUCACCCGGCUCAAGGACCCA